CUGUGAGUGACUCCAAAGCAAUCCAGCUGGCCAACACUGAGCCCAAAUACAAGGAUUUCACAGUGUCUGUGGAUGGCAUCUCCAUUGACAGAGACGAUCCUCAUUGGAGUGAGAGGAAUCCAGGGAUGUGUUGUAUGGUAGACGGGACUAUCCCGGCCAGCUCGGGUCUGUCCAGCUCCAGUGCCCUGGUGUGCUGUGCUGCUCUGGUCUCGACGGAGGCCAAUCAGAAGUCUCUGUCUAAGGUGACUCUUGCAGAGACGUGUUCCCAGUGUGAGCGUUAUAUUGGCACUGAGGGGUUAGGAAUGGAUCAGUCCAUUUCUUUUCUCGCAGAGGAGGGGACAAUGCUGGCUGUGGCGCGCGGCCUGGACUGGAGUGGUCUGCUGAAGCUGCAGAAGGAGCUGCAGCGACUCAUUGUAAAUUGUACCAGCGUGCCAUGCACGUGUACGGCGAGGCUGCGUGUGUCCUGCAGUUUAAGGCUGUGUGUGACUCUUCCCCUGCCAGCGCCGUCGCUCAGCUGGGCGAUCUGAUGAACCGAAGCCGAAUGCAGCUGCCCUGAGCUGGACCAGCUGGUGGACACAUGUCUGCAGGCGGGUGCCGUGGGGUCGAGGCUAACCAGAGCAGGAUGGGGAGGCUGCACAGUUUCCAUGGUACCCAGAGAACGAAUAGAUUCUUUUCUCCAAACAGUGAGAGAGCAGUAUUGCGUGCCUGACGGCCGUCGAGC